AUGGCCGGUGUUCCCAAAGCUCUAGGUUGCGACGCUUGUCGCAAGCAGAAGAAAAAGUGCGAUCAGGCUAAACCAGCUUGUGCUAGAUGCACCCGUCUCAAGCUCCAAUGCACAGGAAUCGGUGUAAAGCGCUUUGUCUUCAAGUCCGAGAACUCCCAAGCCGCUAAAAAGCACGCGAAAAGUGUAGCUGGACCAUCCUCGGCGCUGAGUAAUGACAAGACCUUGGUAGCGGGUAACUUGGUGCAUAUUCUUGAGUUCGACAACCCAGCCUAUGACAUCUCAACGUAUGGCUGGUUCGUCAAAGACUUGCCGCGUCAUGUUGGGUCGAGUAAGCCCCUCGAUGCAGCUAUUACUGCCUUUGUAACGGGUUUUGCACCGUUGAAGGAUAGGAGUGUCUCAAAGGUCGAGGCAUUGGAUAAGUAUGUUUUUGCGUUGAGGACGUUGAGGGAGGCGAUGCAGGAUCCGGAGCAGGCGUUUUCGGCGGAUAAUAUGUGCUCGAUCUACUUGAUAUCGAUCUGCCAGGAAUGGCUUGGUAGUGGUGGUGCUGUUACUGGUGCUGGGAGUCGCGCUAUCCUAAAGUACCAAUUCAAUCCCUCCGACAAACCGUUCAUGCAAACAAUAUUCUCCGUUGUGGUCCUCGAGAGUUUCACCAACCCCAACAUCCAACUCGGUCCCUGGUUCUGGAAAGCUCUCUCCGUCCUAGGUGAUGCCGCACGUCCUCUCAAAUCAGGAGACGGCACCUCUUUCGCAAGUCUCAACAUCGGAACAAUGGGCGAAAUGUCCUGCUUCGUCCGCGAUCCCGAUCGAUACCUUUACCAGAUCCAGUGCGCAUAUGCUCUUGUUCAAACAGAGCACCCUAGAGUCAUAAGAGCAGCUGAUGAAGCAGUCGCUAAAGCUAAAGCAUCUGGCUCAACGUUUCUUCAGAGAAGAAUGGGGAUGCGUUUCCAUACAGCGAUCGCGGCAAUGUUGUCGAUGGCUGCUAUUCUGAACCGUAUUCUGCGGUCUUAUGACGGUGACCCUGUCCUUGUAGCGGAUGCUAAGCGCUACGUUGAUGAGAGUAUCGCGCUGGGCCGAGCUGCUAACUAUAAUCGACCGAUUGCUGCUGCUGCGGUGGCUUCUCCUCUCGCGCUGUCGUUAGCUGUCCUGGAUGAUUACAAACGCGAAGAAGUUGAGGAGUUGCUCGCGGAGUAUCAGGCUGAUUUCCCAGGGUUGAAUUACUUUUCUGAUAUUGAAAAGGUCAGGACGGGAUUGGAUUUGAUGGUAUCGACAAGAAUAAUCAGAGGAAAGUGA